GCAACACAACAAUAUGAGCUGGUUACGAUCGAGCCCGUUGCGGCAAAGCUUUAGCAAAAGCAACAACAGCAACAGUGCAAAUGACCGAGCGCGUUCCGGUGUCGGUGGGGCCGGUGGACUGUCGGUGAUACGGCCGUUCGAUGCAACCGAAUGCGAUCCCAAGGCGUGCUACGACAGUUUCUGCAUCCACUGGCAGCAGGCGUACGAAAUUAUACAGCGAUCGGAGAACUACCGAAGUCAGUCACAUGACGAUGUGCUGGGCGUGGUGACACAUCUGGACCAUAUGGUAACGCUACUGCUGGUGGAAUUGCAUCACUGUAACAAGCUUAGUCUCCCUGGUCAAGCAGCACCGCCAGCACCCUGUUUAGAGCAUCUACUGAGCGAAAACUUACUCGACAAACUCUACGAAUGGGGCAUCAAAACGGGAAGAUACGCAAACGCAGUACGAUUGGAGCAGUUGAAGCUGUACGAGCAAUUAGUCAGUCACUCGCGUCACCAGCUACUCGUGCACGAACCAUUCCUACGCCCGCUGCUGAAGCUGUUGGCCUCGAGCCAGAACGAAAUCUAUCCGCCAGACGUCGAGAAGCGGCUCGUAAUAUUGCUCAAUCAACUGUGCGUGGUGCUGAUGCAGAACGUGCACCUGCUCGAUCUGUUCUUCUUCUCCACCACGCAAACACAGCAAAGCCAUCACACGAGCAACGGUGGGCACACGAACUUCAUCAUCUUCUCACUGCUGAUACCGUACGUCCAUCGGGAAGGUUCGUUAGGUCAUCAGGCACGCGAUGCACUACUGCUCUGCAUGGCGCUGUCACAGAAAAACUCCAACGUUGGUACCUACAUCGCAACGUACUCGUCCAUCUGUCCGGUACUGGUAACCGGACUCGGCGGGUUAUAUUCACGCCUCCCGAACCAGAUCGAAAUCAAAACCGUCGACUGGUAUCGCAUCACAACGGACGAUGUGACGGAGAUGCCCGAGCUGACACUGUUCAUGAACUCGCUCGAGUUUUGCAACGCGGUCGUACAGGUGGCCCAUACGAUGAUCCGCCAGCAGCUGCUCGACUUCCUCUAUCAAGGCUUCCUGGUGCCGGUUCUUGGACCGGCCAUUCUACAGACAUUUAAAGGGCAAGGUCAAUUCCAGACGAACGUUGAGUCGCAGGUAUCGGCAAUGGCGUACUUCGAUCUGAUCGUACGCUCGAUUACCGAACCUGGGUUGAUCCAGCUCGUGAUUCGCUUUCUGCUGGAUGAGGAAAAGUUCGACGGGCAGCGAAUAUUGGACGUGUUGGUUGAACGGCUUAACAGCAACGAUUCGCGGCUUUGCAUGGUGACUCUAUCGCUGUUCGACAGUUUGCUUAGCUUAAACUGUGAGGACAUUAUGCUGGAGCUUAUGUUGAAGUAUUUGCUGCACUGCAAGCACGUACCGAUAUCGCACCGGUACAAAAUCAAUCGGGUCGACCCGUACACGCAAGCGGUCGAAUACUUCCUCAACAUUACGCCGGACAUCAUGAAGAAGGUGAACAGUGUGCUGAACAUCAACAAUGGCGGUAUCGGUGUUACCGCCGCGAGCCAAAACGUGCAGCCAUUGGGUAACAACCGUACCUUUGCCACCACCGGGACGGCAAGCAGCAGCACCAACGGUGGUAAUGGUGCCAACAAUAAUGCCAACCUUAACGUUAGCAAAACGAUCGGUGCCAACUGGAACCAUUACGGGUUGAACACGACGACGGGCGAAACGCUACUCGCGAACUACCAAGCGUACCUGCUCGAUGCGCGCAAUCGCAUCGUUCAAUGCAAGCAUGCCUGUGAUCAGUGGAACAAUGUGUAUCGUUACCAAAAACUAAGUAAAGCCAAUUUUUCACAUCCACCGCUGGGAGCAACAGCAGCCGCAGGUGCAACUUCGCACACCACCAACGGUGGUAGCGGUGGCAGUAGCAACAACAACAGUAUCGUUAAUCCGGAUGAUGUGCGCGCCCUGAAGGUGCAGAUGAUAAAGGAUUUUCUACGGGAGUUUUCGAUCGAUUCCGGUAUCGGGGAUUGCGAUAGUCAGCAGCAGCAGCAACAUCAUCACCAUCCGCCAGUAACCGGAACCAGUUCAACGAGCUCUAGUGCAAUAAUGUUCGGUGGAUCGAUUGCGCCCCCUAACGGUGGCGGUAAACAGCUCGACAGUUUACAAUCGAUCGGUGAUAGUAGUGGGUACGAAAGUUUAAACGUUUUUUCACAAGCAACGAACGAUUUGGUGGUACCGGCGAUGCAACAAGAGCCGGGACCACUGAAGCACCAACAUCAGCGAAUCGAUGCGUGGAAGGUGUCAAGCGUCCGGGAAGAACCGAUCGGUGAUUUAGACUUGUCCGAGGAUCUGUUCGCGCAGGGGACAGUUAGUUUAGGUCCCUUUUUAACGGCGAUCUGGGGCAAACUGCAAACGUUUACAAGCAACUGCUUGUAUGUGAAUCUACACCUCACAGGACUGAUCACGCACUUGACCCUUUUCCCGCUACCCUUGUUACACUCGAUCCUUCUACGUCCGGACAUACCGACCACCUCCGAUACGCCGUCCUUCCAUCAGGUGCUAAAGAUAUUGAAACAACAAAUCGAUGCGGAACUCCCGGAUACGGACGAAUCGCUCGAAAUCGUUGAUUUGGCUCGUUCGUUCCUAGUUGACCGUGAGUUCCGGCUCGUUAAUAUGCGCAAAAAUGCAAUCGAAUCGGCCGCCAGCGGUAAGCUACUGAACGGUGGCGGUUCCUCGAUGACUUCGAGCCUAUCGCAAACGACACCGAUGCAGCUGACGCCAAGCUCAUCGUACGACCCGUUCAAACGGCAGGAUGGCAAACGCAAGAGCAUCAGCAACUCAUUUUCCAACAUCUUUCGGCGGCCUGGUUCUGUGGCUUCAUCGGGUUUAGCACAGAUAGUUGAAUUUUUUACCGGAUCGAGCAGUAAUGGGUUGAAUCAUUCACCGAACGGUAGACAGCCGCCUUCGUAUACAACCGCAUCGUUGCACGGUGCCAACAGUUCGAGCCAACCCUCACCGGUAACACCACCCAGCGGGCUUCUGAUGGGUGGCUCGAGACGCGAAUCGCGCGAAGCAGAAACACAGUUCAUGUCGAUCGACACGACACCUUCUGCGAGUCAUCCAUCCACCGGGUUGGUGGGACAGACUACCGGUACCGAUCUCCAUCUUGGCCAUUCAAACAGUCUAGAGCACGGCCUGGCAGCUAACUACAGCGUUGGUAAUGAGCGACAGCUCAACCUAGCUAUCGGUGCCGUACUGUUGGACGAGUGGUGCCGUGAACUUUCCGCCGUAACGCAGGAACAGUGCAUCAUGAUGCUGUCGGAACAGGUGCAGCAGCCGGUGGCCGCAAGGACGGCUAGCUAG